GUACGGAUAUACUCGGAUAUUUACAUCUUCACCAUGUGAACUAAUAAAGUGCAAUCCGGCUACGUGAUCGGAACACGGCAAGAUCCCUUGGUGACCUUUAUAAUAAUGACGCCCAAGUGGGUCUGGAUGGUCAUUCUGCAGCUGAUGGCCAUGCAGUGCAUGCUGUACGGCAGUAACAAAGCUGAAGCGGGCUUCACGAAAUUUUAUUUUGCCCAAAACAGUGCCAAACAAUUCCUACCUGGUCCUGCCGGACUUCUCAUGCACUCGCACUUGCCACGAUGGUCCAUUGUACCUAAGGUGCAAGGUAAGCGGGAAGCAGGUCAAACCUUCGCCUACAGCCCUGUGCCGGCGGGUGCGAUAAUGGGAAAGUCUGGAACUGUCAUCGGAAAAUGCGAUACACACCAAGAAUGCCGGCAGCGCCUCCUCACAUACUUCAACCGGAUUGUUAAAAUGAAGAAUAAUGGAUGAUCACCUUACAACAAAAUCUUGUCCUUUUUUGUGUCCUACACAUCCAGAAUAACCAGUUUGAAUUACGCAUGAUGCAUGUAACUGUGCGCCGCCGAUCACCAUGGAACACCACUUCAAAACCUAUCAGCGAAAAAUAUAGAUAUGUUCUGAUUAAUAAGUCUCUGUCUUCUAUUUGGAAGGAUUUGUGAAUAUCUUUAAUUUUUAAAUGGGAAACUAAUAAUUUACCUAUUUGUCAGGUAAAAUGUGAGGGUGUGUGCGUAAAACAUACUCGAAAGUAAACUACACUGUUACGGCACAAUAACUCUACUUGUAUUAUCAAACGCGCUGCUGUUUAUAGAUAUUGCUUACGGUUGAGCCCAGAAAUAAAAUUGCGUUU